AUGCCCGCCAGCAUGUUCAGCAUCGACAACAUCCUGGCCGCCCGGCCGCGCUGCAAAGACUCGGUGCUGCCCGUGGCGCCCAGCGCCGCGGCUCCCGUCGUCUUCCCGGCCCUGCACGGGGACUCGCUCUACGGCGCCGGCGGCGGCGCCUCCUCGGACUAUGGCGCCUUCUAUCCGCGCCCCGUGGCCCCCGGCGGCGCAGGCCUCCCGGCCGCGGUCGGCAGCUCCCGCCUGGGCUACAACAACUACUUCUACGGGCAGCUGCACGUGCAGGCGGCGCCCGUGGGCCCGGCCUGCUGCGGGGCCGUGCCGCCGCUGGGCGCCCAGCAGUGCUCCUGUGUCCCGACGCCCCCAGGCUACGAGGGCCCCGGUUCGGUGCUGGUGUCCCCGGUCCCGCACCAGAUGCUGCCCUACAUGAACGUGGGCACGCUGUCGCGCACCGAGCUGCAACUCCUCAACCAGCUGCACUGCCGGCGGAAGCGGCGGCACCGCACCAUCUUCACCGACGAGCAGCUGGAAGCGCUGGAGAACCUCUUCCAGGAGACCAAGUACCCAGACGUGGGCACCCGCGAGCAGCUGGCCCGGAAGGUGCACCUCCGCGAGGAGAAAGUGGAGGUCUGGUUUAAAAACCGCCGUGCCAAAUGGAGGCGGCAGAAGCGGUCCUCGUCGGAGGAGUCGGAAAACGCCGAGAAGUGGAACAAGACGUCGUCCAAGGCGUCGCCCGAGAAGAGGGAAGAGGAAGGUAAAAGCGAUUUGGACUCGGACAGCUGACGGCCGCGGGCCGGCUGUGGUUCUUGCCUAACUCGAAGGACUUGCACAG